ACGCUGACGACGGCGACGAAGGGCCCUCGUUGCAGUGCUCCCGCCGAACCCAUACGUGGAAGGGUUGCCGCCGCGCGCGCAGGGCCAGAGCAACCGCAUCUGUGAUUUGACUGCGCCGGGCUCUCGUUUAGUUUCGUGCCGUGUUCGUGCCGCGUUUGUGCUGUGAUUGUGUUGUGUUUGUGCCGUGCCCGCAGCCCUGGGCGGGCCCUCCCGGACAAGGCAGUUGCGUAGAGGUCCUCGCAGCCACAGCCGUGCUUCAGCUGCGUUGCUGCAUUGCAGGCGGCUCGAACAACUCACACCGGCCGCCACUUCUCCGGGGCAGAGGAGGAGGGGGGCACGGCGUCCCCGCCUUCGGCACCACGCCCCCGCCGCUGCAAGGUGGCAUGGACAUCAAGAUGGAGCCCAUGGACGAGGACGUGUGCUGCAAUAAUAACAACAACAACAAUAAUAAUACCAACAAUAAUAAAAUCGAGACUACGAUCGUGACGAAAACGGCCCCGCACCUCUUCUCCAUCGAGAGUCUCCUGCAGAAGAAGGACGCCACUGCUUCCAGCCCCCAGCAGCGGCAUUCGGACUCGUCCGUGGCGCAGCUCCAGAGGCUGGCCGACGCCAUCGGGGACAGGCCGGGGAGCGGCCGCGCCUCCAGCCACCCCAGUUCCGCGCCGCCCUCGCCGAGGCCGUCGCCGCUCCUGCACGCCGCGGACUCCUCCUCGCGGCCCUUCAGCCACGCUCCCGCGCCGCGCCGAGGCGGGUUACUGGAGGAGGACACCGAGGUGGACACCUGCUCGAGCUACGACGAGGCUGACGACGACGACGACGUCGUCGCGGCAGAGGAGGACGACGAGGACGGGGAGGACGCCGAGGACGUCGCCGUGCGGCCGGAGUGUGCGUCUCGCCGUGAGCGCAAGCAGCACCACGGCAGUCGGCAGCAGCGGCGCUACACCGAGGCGGACGUGCACUGCGGGGAGGUGUCCACGUCCUCGCACAAAGAGAUCACCAGCGACUGCUCCUCGCUGGACGGCGACUGCGCCCCGAGGACGCCGCCGGGGACGCCCGUCGCGACGCCGCUGGGGACGCCAGAGGCGGCGACGCCCUCCGCUACCGCCGCAGAUCACCAGGGCGGCGCCGAGGCCGGCGGGGCCGCGGCCGGCGACCAGGACGACCGCAAGAAGAGGCCGCGCACCGCCUUCACCGCGGCGCAGAUCAAGGCGCUCGAGGCCGAGUUCGAGCGCAACAAGUACCUCUCCGUCGCCAAGCGGCUGCAGCUCUCCAGGGCCCUCAAGCUGUCCGAAACUCAGAUCAAGAUAUGGUUUCAGAACAGGCGCACCAAGUGGAAGCGCAAGUACACGAGCGACCUGGAGCUGCUGGCCCAGCAGUACUGCAGCCAGCUCGGCGCGACGGCGGCGCGGCCCAUGUUCCUGGGCGACAGGCUGUGGUUCUUCAACUACCCGAACGGCGUCUGCGGAGUGCCCGCGGGGGUGAAUCCCAUGGGGGGCCCGGUGGCGGGGCCGAUGGGGAGUCCCAUGGGGGGGCACAUGGUGGGGCACUUGGGAGGGCACAUGGGUGGGCCGACGGGUGGGCCCAUGGGCGCCGGCAUGGGCGGCAUGGGCGCGGCGGGGCCCCUGGGUCCGCACCACCCGCACCACCUGCAGGUGCCCCUGCAGGCCCUGCCGCCGGCGGGGCCACCCCACCGGCCGCCCGUGUACCCACACCCGCACCACCACCCCCUGCACCCGCUGACCGUGCCGCAAGCGCCGCCCCACCUCAGUCCCGGGCACAGCCCCGGCCCGUCACCCAUGUCGCCGUGAGGACAGCGUGACCGUCCUUUAAGACUGAUUUAUCAAAUACGUGUAAAUAAUACCUUUUUGUUUUCAUUAGUAAAGAGAGAA